AUGUACUACCACCGUACCAUCUCGGUGCUGUUGAUGAUAUUUCGGCCUACGUUCUCUCACAUGGGUAUGAUGAUGGGGCCAAUGAUGGGAGGUAUGAUGCCGAUGAUGCACGGUGGGAUGUCAAUGAUGGGAGGUAUGAUGCCAAUGAUGCACGGAAUGAUGUCACACAUGCAUCCGAUGAUGAAUAUGAUGUCCAUGCAUGGCGGUAGCUCAAGUGGAGGAGGCCAUAAUCAUGGAGGAAGUAUGAGCGCUGCAAGCUCAAGUGGAGGAGGUCAUGAUCAUGGAGGAACUAUGAGCGCUGUGAGUUCCAGCGGAGGAGCUGGAGACCAUAACCAUGGAGGAGCUAGUAGCCCUACCAUUUCCAAUGGAGGUGGUCAUGAUCAUGGAGCAAGUAUGAGUCCAGCAACUUUCAGUGGAGGAGGCCAUGAUCAUGGAGGAAGUAUGAGCGCUGUGAGUUCCAGCGGAGGAGCUGGAGGUCAUAACCAUGGAGGAGCUAGUAGCCCUACCAUUUCCAGUGGAGGAGGUCAUGAUCAUGGAGCAAGUAUGAGCACUACAAGCUCAACUGGAGGAGGGCAUAGUCAUGGAGGUGGUGAAGGCCACCACAGUCACCAUGGUUGA